AUGGCAGGGCGCGGAUAUGUAGGUGGCGUGCCUAGUGCGCCCUCUCAGCUGCCAUUGACAUUCGGAAACGGUUACUAUACUCUACCAGAUCCCACUAUUACCCAAAUAGAGGACUACAUGAUGAACAAUCAAUCAUCAUCAGCCACAGCAACGAGCUCAACCGACUUGGUACUUCCACCACGCCCUGCAUACGGCAAAUUCGGGCAUCCCGUUGUGCUCUUUGCCAAUUACUUUCAGCUCAAAGGCAUCGUACCCGAAACAUGUCUGUAUCGAUAUUCUGUUGUCAUUACUAGCAUAGACGGCAACAUAGCGAAAAAGAAGAAGAAGAGGGCAUUCGACCUACUACUGCAGACGGCUCCUUUUUCCAAUUUCAAGAUUGCCAGCGACUGCAGCCAGACUCUCGUGUCUGUGGAGAAGAUCCCAAUGCAGAAAUGCUCGACCCACACGAUUGUAUGGUAUCCGGAAGAUGGCCAACCGUUUCCUCCGCCUAGCGCAGAUGAUUCGCCCCAAGUGGAGGCUUCCCGUACAAGGAACACUUACCAGGUUCUUAUUGAGGAGCUUGGAACCGUAUCACUAUCCGAACUUCAGCGCAACCCGAAUUACUCGCUCAAAGAAGAAGCAGUCCAAGCACUGAACAUCAUCAUGUCUCAUGGGCCUAGAGGCGAUAGCAAUAUUUCAGUCGUGGCUGGUAAACGCUUCUUUCCGUACCGUAACCAUGCGCAAGUGGAAAUGAUUGAACUGGGACGAGGGCUCCAGGCACUUCGAGGGUACUUCAGUAGCGUGCGAACAGGCAUUGGCAGGAUUCUCGUCAAUGUCAACGUUGCGACUAGCACAUUCUUGAAGCCCGAGCCGUUGCUUGAGUCUCUCAAGAGCUCGAAUGGCGGAGGCCCGCCACGGGACGAGCAGGAGUAUAACAAGUUGGCACGUAUGUACAAGAAGGUCAGGGUAGGGACCGAAUAUCUUCCCAACAAGAUGGCAGGCGAGCCAGCAAAGAAGCGGUUUUUUCGUGUCAUCCACACACUGUCGCGGUGGGGACAGAACAGCACAAACGUCAGGUUCUUCAAGACGGAUGCCGACGGCAAGGUGACACAGCCCACGGUGCAAGAACAUUUCCAGCAAGCACACAACAUAAGACUGGCUAUGCCCCGGACACCCUUGGCGAAUUGUGGCACAGAUCAGGAUCCCAUGUGGAUACCGGCCGAGUUGUGUUUUGUCAUUCCAGGCCAGCCAGCGCGACGGCUGCUCGACCCGUUACAAGCAACAAGGAUGAUUGAAUUUGCCGCUCGCAGGCCACCUGCAAACGCGUCGUCUAUCGCGGCUCAGGGGCUUGCGGUGACGAAAAUCAGUCCGGUGUUGGAGGGAAAAAAUGUGCACCUAAGUGGCUUUGGCAUUAACGUCAACCCAAACAUGAUUACUGUGUAUGGCCGGGUGCUCAUCCCCCCGCAGUUGGUGUACAGGGGGCAGACUCGAUGCACACCACAAAAUGGAGCCUGGAACCUAAACCCGCUCAAGCUGGGUGCAAACCCGUUUCGAAGGACGAGAAGGCUGCCUUACACGUUCAGCGCUCUGGUGCUUACCGUUGGUCGCCGCACGAUGCCGGCUGCAGAGUUGGCUGGACUUGAAUACCAGCUGAGCCAAUUCCGAAGAACGCUGGGGGCAUACGGCAUGGAGCCUGCGCCGUUGCGAAAGCCAUGCAUGGUGGACGUAACCGACUACUUGGCCAAAGCAGAUGGCAAUUCUGUCAAUUCUCUGGCGUUGAGAUUGGAGAAUGCGCUGCGGGAUGCAUACUCACUGAAGCCAAUGUUUCUGUUUGUGCUUUUGCCGAGUGAGAGUGCGGCGCUGUACGACUCGAUCAAGUACAUCUGCGACUGCGUGUAUGGAAUAGCGACGGUGUGCAGCAUCCGACACAAGUUUAGCCGAAUGGCAGGGCAGGAGCACUACUUUGCCAAUUUGGCGAUGAAGUUUAAUCAGAAGCUUGGCGGGACCAACCACACGGUCGACUUGGAGAGACUGGCGCCUCUGGACGAGCAGACGAUUGUGUUUGGGAUUGAUGUCACGCACCCGUCGCCGGGAAGCUCUCCAGAGGCACCGAGCAUUGCUGGUGUGGUGGCUUCGACGGACAGUACAUUUUCGCAGUACCCGGCGAGCCUGCGCAGCCAGCAGGGCCGCAAGGAGAUGGUGGUGGAGCUCGAGGACAUGGUUUUCGAACGGCUGCAGCUUUGGCGGGUGCGGAACCGAAUGAGCCUGCCCAACAAGGUGUUUGUAUACCGAGACGGGGUAUCGGAAAGGCAGUACGGCAGUGUGCUUGAGGAAGAGUGUGGUGCGUUCAAAAAGGCAUUUGGGCGGCUGUACGGGGCGGAGGCGAAGCACCCGCGGAUGACGUUGAUUGUGGUGGGCAAGCGGCACCACACGCGCUUUUACCCGGCCAGGGCAGACUACACGGACGGGAGGACGGGCAACACGAAGCCAGGGACGGUGGUGGAUCGCGGCAUGACGGGCAACGCCUACGACUUCUUCCUCGUGGCACACCAAGGGCUGCAAGGGACGUCGCGGCCUGCGCACUACAUUGUGCUCAAGGACGAGAACAGGGUGGGGGCAGACCAGAUGCAGGCCAUGACGCACAACCUGUGCUAUACAUUUGGGCGGGCAACGCGGGCAGUGAGCGUGUGCCCGCCAGCGUACUAUGCCGACCUAGUGUGCGAGCGCGGGCGGUCUUAUCUGCAGCACGUGCUAAAGAGCAACGACGGAGUUGUUUCUGCGGGCAUGUGGUCCAAGGACGUUCACUCGAGCCUGGUGGAAACAAUGUACUAUAUUUAG